UCCGUUUCCGCUCUUCGUCUCCUGCCUAGCUAACGUUACAGAGGCUCUAUUCGCUCGCGAUUCCAUUCGGUGUGUUCAGAGCAGCUGGAUGAGAGACCAUGGAAGACCGUGCACAGAUCCAGGAGCACAUUAAGACCCAGGGAGAGCUGGUCCGGAGGUUGAAGUCCGAGAAGGCGAGCAAGGAGCAGUGCUAGGGUUGCUUACCACUUUUCUCCUGUUCUUCCUGCUUGGCCCGGUUCUGUUCGGCUCACCACGUCCCUCAUCAUCCCCUGCUUCACCAACGGUGGACUUCUUCUCUGGGCUGCCGGGUCGGUCUGGACCAUUGGUACCUCUGGGUAUCCCUUCCCAUGAUGCACUACUGAACUUUUCGUGGGCUCUUUUUUUUCUGCCCACCGUCCUCUGUUGAACCACCAUGCUGGCCCUGCCCUGUGUCCGUGCCUGUUUUUUGCUGCGGGCCUCUCGGGUGGCAUCUCGGGCCCGCCUCCUGCACCCUGCAACUGUGAUGACGGUGGCUCAGAUCGAUGAGGAGGUCGCUAAACUGCUGCAGCUGAAGGCUCAGCUUGGAGGAGAAGAUGGAAAACACCAGUUUGUCCUCAAAACACCAAAGGGAACCCGAGACUACAACCCCAAACAGAUGGCCAUCAGAGAGAAGGUCUUCAACACCAUCAUCAGCUGCUUCAAGCGCCAUGGAGCAGAAACCAUAGACACCCCAGUUUUUGAGUUGAAGGAAACCCUGACAGGGAAGUAUGGAGAAGACUCCAAGCUCAUCUAUGACCUGAAGGAUCAGGGAGGGGAGCUGCUGUCCCUCAGAUAUGACCUCACCGUUCCCUUUGCACGAUACCUGGCCAUGAACAAAAUCACAAACAUCAAGCGCUAUCACAUAGCUAAGGUCUAUCGCCGUGACAACCCAGCCAUGACCCGUGGACGCUAUAGAGAGUUUUACCAGUGUGACUUUGACAUCGCAGGUCAGUAUGAUGCCAUGAUCCCAGAUGCAGAGUGCUUGAAGAUCGUGCACGAGAUCCUCAGUGAGCUGCAGCUCGGAGAGUUCUGCAUCAAGGUCAACGACAGACGAAUUCUGGAUGGGAUGUUUGCUGUGUGUGGAGUUCCAGACGAGAAGUUCCGCACCAUCUGCUCCACGGUGGACAAACUGGAUAAGAUGUCCUGGGAAGACGUGAAGAAGGAGAUGGUGAAUGAGAAGGGCCUCUCGGAGGAAGCUGCAGAUCAAAUUGGGGAGUACGUGAGCAUGCGGGGCGGGAUGGACUUGGCAGAGCGCCUCCUGCAGGACCAGAAGAUGUGUCAGAAUAAGCAGGCCUGUGCAGGCCUAUCAGACAUCAAGCUGCUCUUCAGCUACCUGCAGCUCUUCCAGGUCACAGACAAGGUGGUGUUUGACCUGAGUUUGGCUCGGGGUCUGGAUUAUUACACCGGGGUCAUCUAUGAGGCCGUGCUGACUCAGGCCGGUGUGCCCCCCCUGGCCAGUGACUCCCAGAAUGGGGCCAGCUCAGAGGAAAGUGCAGGUGUGGGCAGUGUGGCAGGCGGGGGCAGAUAUGACGGGCUGGUAGGAAUGUUUGACCCCAAAGGCAGGAAGGUGCCGUGCGUGGGGGUCAGCAUUGGCAUCGAGAGGAUCUUCUCUAUCAUGGAGCAGAAGGCCGAGGCCUCUGCAGAGAAGGUCCGAACCACAGAGGUGCAGGUCAUGGUGGCGUCUGCUCAGAAGAACCUGCUGGAGGAGAGGCUGCGGCUGGUCACAGAGCUGUGGAACGCUGGCAUCAAGGCCGAGGUUAUGUACAAGAAGAACCCAAAGCUGCUGAGCCAGCUGCAGCACUGCGAGGAAGGGGGCGUCCCGCUGGUGGCCAUCCUAGGAGAACAGGAGCUGAAGGACGGAGUGGUCAAACUGCGCGUGGUGUCAACCAGAGAGGAGGUGGACAUCUCCAGAGCCGAUCUCAUCGCUGAGAUCAAGAGGAGGACGUCUGAAGCCUAACUCCUCCCUGCUGCCCAACUCCAGUUUUGUACAGCAUCCCCCUGGCCCCCAGUUGUCCUUGGAGCUCUGUGGUUCUGAUGUGGCCUAGAAAGGAGUUCAGGCUGCUCCUGCAGUCAAGGCAGAUGUUUACCUGCCUGGUCCAAGAGUUUGCUGCACAUGUUCAUUAAAGCUCUCGUGUCCAAAGA